UAGGUUUCUCGCCUAAGAACCGCUCGCUGCUUCGCAGAAGGCGGAGUAAGGGGAGGAGGAGGAGGAGAAGGGCGAGGGGAAAGGUUGGAGCGAUUCCAGUCUUCCCUUCCGUUCUGCUCUUCUUUCUCCUUUUUUUUUUGUUUUUUUGAUUGCUUUCUUUCGUUUUGGAGAAAGAAUUGUGCAGAGCAGGGUCGAACACUUGUUAUCGUCCUCAAUCCCUCCUGAUUUCGUCUCCCGUUUAACACCAAUAAUUUGAGGGCUCCCCUUGACAUAAUAGUACUUGUUUAGGAAGAUGGGGGUAGUAUCAAGGAGCAUUAUGCCUGCUUGUGAAAGCCUAUGUAUCUUUUGCCCUUCUUUACGAACUAGGUCUCGGCAGCCAGUGAAGCGAUACAAGAAGCUACUAGCUGAUAUCUUUCCUCGAUCCCAAGACGAAGAGCCAAACGAUCGAAAAAUCAGCAAACUGUGUGAAUAUGUUUCCAGGAAUCCAUUACGAAUUCCGAAGAUAACGAGUUAUCUGGAGCAGAAAUUUUACAAGGAAUUGAGGCUUGAGCACUUUGGCACAGUUAAAGUCGUCCUGUGCAUUUACCGGAAAUUAUUAGUCUCUUGUAAGGAGCAGAUGCCACUUUUUGCUAGCAGCUUAUUAACCAUUAUAUGCACACUUCUUGAUCAGAGAAGACAGGAUGAGAUGUGUAUUAUAGGAUGCCAUACUAUUUUUGACUUUGUUAUAUGCCAGAUAGAUGGCACAUAUAUGUUCAAUUUGGAAGGCCUAAUUCCAAAACUGUGCGAGCUUGCUCAGGAAAUGGGGGAGGAUGAGAGGGCAAAUGAUAUGCGUGCUGCAGGACUGCGAGCCCUUUCUUCAAUGAUUUGGUUUAUGGGUGAAUACUCACACAUCUCUGCAGAAUUUGAUAAUGUUGUUUCAGUAGUCUUGGAGAAUUAUGAAAAGUCGAAUAAAAAAUCUGAGGAUCUCAACAAGAGCGACCAGGUCAGUGAAAACGGGUGGGUACAGGAAGUUAGUAAUACUGAAGGUCAAGCAAGUCCUUCUCCGGUUGCCACUAGGGUUCCUUCUUGGAAAAGCAUUGUAGACGCACGAGGUGAACUAAGUCUGACUACUGAAGAAGCCAAGAGCUCCAACUUCUGGUCAAGGAUAUGCCUGCAUAACAUGGCCAAGUUAGCCAGAGAAGCAACCACAGUUCGACGUGUUCUAGAGUCUUUGUUCCGGUUUUUUGAUGAUAAUGACAUGUGGUCACCUGAUAAAGGGCUUGCUCUUUGUGUGCUCCUGGAAAUGCAAGUAGUAAUGGAAAAUUAUGGGCAAAAUGCACAUCUAUUGUUUUCAAUAUUAAUUAAGCAUCUUGAGCACAAGACAGUGUUCAAACAACCAGAAAUGCAGCUAAACAUCAUUGAAGUUACAACCCACCUUGCUGAAAAUUCAGAAGCUAAAACAUCAGUAACAGUAAUAAGUGCAAUAAGUGAUCUUGUGAGGCACUUGCGUAAAAGCAUGCAGAGCACACUUGACAAAGCAGAAAUGGGGGAUGACAUGGCCAAAUGGAACAAAAGAUUUCAAAAAUCCAUAGAUGAAUGUCUAACUCAGUUAUCUAAAAAGGUUGGUGAUGCAGGUCCUCUGUUUGACAUAAUGGCCAUGAUGUUGGAGAACAUCUCAUCAACUGCAUCAGUUGCAAGAUCAACUAUUUCUACAGUCUAUCGUACAGCUCAGAUAAUUGCAUCAUUACCAAAUUUGUCAUACAAGGACAAGACAUUUCCUGAGUCCCUGUUUCAUCAGUUGCUCCUGGCAAUGGUUCUCCCAGAUCGUUUGACACAUAUUGAGGCACACCGCAUCUUCUCUGUUGUUCUAGUUCCAUCUUCUGUAUGCCCCCGACCUUGCUCAGCUACUGCAGAAGCACCAAAGAUACAUGACAUUCAGAGGACGCUCUCGAGGACUGUCUCUGUGUUUUCAUCUUCAGCUGCUCUAUUUGGCAAGUUAAGACGAGAAAAGUUUUCUUUCCGUCAGACUGGGCUUCAAAACAAUGUGAAUAGAGCUCAAAGUGAUGAUGGGCUAUCAGUUGGCAACAGUGACGUAAAAUUUCAUAAGCUGCAAUCAUCUCGAAGUCGAGUUCAUAGCAUAAGAACCAAUUCUUUAAUUCCCAGUGCAGACCCAAAUCUUUCUAGUAAUUCUAGCAUGGACAUGGAACCAACUUUUCUCACAUUGAGCAGUCGGCAAAUCAUGCUUAUGCUUUCUUCCAUCUGGGUUCAAGCAAUCUCACCUGAAAAUACACCAGAAAAUUAUGAAGCUAUCGCUCAUACGUACAGCUUGGUACUUAUUUUUUCUCGAGAUAAGAUGCAGAAUUCGAUUCAUGAGAUUUUGACCCGUAGCUUUCAGCUUGCCUUUUCGAUUAGAGACGUUUCGCUUAGGAGAGGAGGUUCACUGUCACCAUCACGCCGCCGAUCUCUUUUUACAUUGGCGACUUCAAUGAUUGUGUUUUCUUCAAAGGCUUUCAAUAUUGCACCUCUUAUUCCGACAGCUAGGUCAUCACUCACAGAAAGGAUGGUUGAUCCAUUCCUCCACUUGGUCGAGGACUGCAGAUUGGAGGUUUCAAAAGCUGCUGCUGAUAAUCAAAUAAAAGUCUAUGGAUCAAAAGAGGAUGACAAUGCUUCUUUGGAGUCUCUUUCAGCAAUAACAACAGCAGGACAUGUCUCAACAGAGGCUAUGGUUUCCAUGAUUGUCAAUAGUUUAGGAGAUCUACCAGAUUCAGAGUUAUCUACUCUAAAGAAACAGCUCCUCAGUGAUUUUUCACCAGAUGAUGUUUGUCCGCUAGGGGCUCAAUUUAUUGAACUACCUGGUUUUAAUUCCCCAUUGUGCUCAAAGAAAGACUUGAAAUCUCAAGAGGUCAUGCCUGCACUUCUUGCAAUAGAUGAUGACUUCACUGAAUCAUUUGAGAAUCCCGCAGAUUCUGAAUCACAGUUGACAGUGAAGAACAACCUUCUGAGUGUCAAUCAGAUACUAGAAUCGGUUCUGGAGACAGCAUGGCAAGUUGGAAGAUUAUCGGUGUCAAACAACUGUAAUAUACCAUUUGGAGAAAUGGCUGGCAACUGUGAAGCUCUUCUGAUGGGGAAGCAGCAAAAAUUAUCCAUCUUCAUGAGUGCCCAACAGAAACCGGACAUCAUUUUGAGUGGCAAUUCACAAAAUCAGAAUGAAGUGACAAUAUCCCUAUACUCGUGCACAGAAACUUCUCAAUGGAUUGGAAAUCCCUUCCUUGAGCCGAACAUUGUUUCAUACACAUAUCAAGCCCCUACCAGCACUGCAUCUUUUUGUGCUGUCGGGUACCAUUACCAGCCCCAGUUAUAUCAGCUUCCAGCAUCAAGCCCCUUCGAUAACUUCCUCAAGGCCGCUGGUUGCUGAAGGAGCACAUCCUGAGCCGCCUGGUGGUAAUCAACUGGUGUUACUCUGGAUUGAAAUAUUAGAUAUUUGAACCCUUCCUUCUUCCCUCCUCUUCAUUCCUAUAUUUGAUAUCUAUUCAGAUUGGGAAGUCCAAGAAACAAAGAUAUGGUUUCUACUGGAGGAGUUAAUAUAAGCAAGCAGAUAAGUUCAUCGUAUUCAUGUUUCUCAAUGUAAUUAUUGUUCUAAAGAUCUAAACCAUUUCAAAUGGUGUUUGCACACAAUAACUCUACUGUGGAAGAUGAAACCACUUUACUAAUUUAUAUUCCUUAUUUUAUAUUC